UUCUUCCCUUGGAAACUGCUGGUUGGUGGUGGUCAACAGAAGUCUCAACAUAGACAUAGGCGAGGAAGGUUCUUGCUGAGACUCACCCCAAGAAAACCCCAAAGGAGCACCCUGAGAACUGAUUUCAGGAUGAAGCUGCAAGGGCGAAGAAGUGCUUUUAACACCAACAAAUGCUGCCCUUUGACCAACAGAUGCAGAAGGAUUCUUCUCCCAAAUACUGCAGCCCCCGAGGUGAGAAUCUGGCUCCUAAGAGGGCAACUUCCUCUCCUGCUGCUGUGCUCAAGUCUGCAGAGACCCACGGUCGCAGUUAAAAUUGACUUUGACUUGGCACCAAGUUCCUUUGAUGAUCAGUACCAAGGCUGCAGCCAACAAGUCAUGGAGGACCUGAUUCAAGGGGAUUAUUUUACAAAAGAACUAGAAUCUGGUAGGAAUUACCACAGGGUCUGGCAACGUGCACACUUAACCUGGUUGAGACAAGGAAAAGCUCUCCCUGAGAACAUGACUAUUACACAUGCUGUGGCCAUCUUGGUUUAUUCAUCGAACGACAGUGUUCGUUCAGACUUCUCCAGAGCCAUGGCCAGUGCUGCUGGGUCUCCCCAGCAAUAUAAACAUUCAUUCCAUUUCAAGUAUCUACACUACUACCUGACCACGGCAAUCCAGCUGCUGAGGAAAGAGGUUGUCACAAGGAAUGACUCUCCGUGUUAUGAGGUGCACCAUGAGGUGAAGGGCGUUUACUUGGAAGCCCCCAUGGGUGCCACCAUUCGCUUUGGCCAAUUCCUCUCCACCUCUCUCCUGAGAGAAGAGGCACAGAAGUUUGGGGACCAAACUCUAUUUACCAUAUUGACCUGCCUGGGGGCACCUGUACAAGACUUCUCUCUCAAGAAGGAGGUCCUGGUCCCUCCCUAUGAGCUGUUUGAAGUUGUAAAUACGAGCUACCACCCAAGAGGAAAUUGGUUGCAAUUGCGGUCAGCUGGGACCCAGAGCACGUAUAACUGUCAGCUGCUAAAAGGAAAAUGUGCUUUGCAAUGGCACGGAUAUACGGGGCAUUCUAGACAGAGAGACUUCCAGCAAAAAGUGCAUCCCUACUCCCAUAGUUAUUGCUUCUCUCUCAUUUUUGACCUGUGUCAUCAUCUCUUCCAAAAGUAGAGCAUAAAGGAAGGUUGUGGUUUUUGCCUUCCCUGUACCCUUUUGCUUUAUUCCAGUCAGGGCACCCUGAAUACCCGUAAAGAAUCAUUCUGCCCAGCUAUCAACUGAUUCAGAGCUGGCUCAGUCCACUGCCUAUGGGUAGACCUGUAGGUAUAUUUCUUCUUCAUGGAUACAGAGAUUCAUGUGGGGUAGAAAAUGACUCAAUCUGAGCCUGUGAGACAUAAUCAGGGU